CGACGGUCUUCAUCUCCAGGUACGGAUUUCCCUACGCUUCUGAUCCAUUUUUCCUCCAUUAUCACUUCCACUUCUCUCUACUCUACUCUCUGCUUCAGGUCGACUAUGGUCGGUCGGAUCGGGAUCCAAUAUCCACCCCCUAUAUAACCCCUUCAUGCUCCACUCUCUCUCCUUUCUUUUCACUAUUUUUUUCAACUUUUUCGAUAGCGAUCGGGGACAAAAGUUCACUCAUGGCGAUGUUUCAGAACAACCACUGGUUUUCUGAGCUCGGUUAGUUAGGGUUUUGCUUUUUAGCUAUGGGAGGGGGGAUUUUUAGCUUUGGAAUAAUGCAUGUGAAGGUUAGGUGUUUUAGACUUUGGAGGAAGCGAUUGAGCUGAUAAUUAAAAGGAGUGAAUGUUGAUUCAGCAGUUUUUAGGGGUUUAGGAUUCGACGAUCGUUAAGCCCCGAGAAGCUGCUGCACUGAGGAUUCGUUUAGCUCAUGCUUAUGAAAUUAGUUAAUUAAUAAUACACAUAUUUAUAUAAUAAGUUAAGAUUUAGAUAAAAUAAUAUGAAGCUUUCAACAUCAGGGUCUGGUCAGCAGCCUCAAGAAGGAGAAAAGAAAAGCUUGAAUUCGGAGCUAUGGCAUGCUUGUGCAGGCCCUCUUGUUUCCCUACCGACAGUAGGCUCCCGUGUAAUUUAUUUCCCUCAGGGUCAUAGUGAACAGGUUGCUGCAACUACAAAUAAAGAAAUCGAUUCUCACAUUCCCAACUACCCAAGCCUUCCUCCUCAAUUGAUCUGCCAACUCCACAAUGUCACAAUGCAUGCAGAUGUUGAGACAGAUGAAGUGUAUGCUCAAAUGACAUUGCAGCCAUUGACACCCCAAGAGCAGAAGGAUACAUUUCUUCCUGUUGAGUUGGGAAUUCCAAGUAGACAACCAACUAAUUACUUCUGCAAGACAUUAACAGCUAGUGACACAAGCACCCAUGGUGGCUUCUCUGUUCCUAGACGUGCUGCUGAAAAAGUUUUCCCUCCACUUGAUUUCUCUCAACAACCACCUGCUCAAGAACUUAUUGCAAGAGAUCUCCAUGAUGUUGAGUGGAAGUUCAGACACAUUUUCAGGGGGCAGCCGAAACGCCAUCUUCUCACUACAGGGUGGAGUGUGUUUGUCAGUGCAAAAAGACUCGUUGCAGGAGACUCUGUUCUUUUCAUCUGGAAUGAGAAAAAUCAGCUUCUUUUGGGAAUCAGGAGAGCAAGUCGACCACAAACUGUGAUGCCAUCAUCUGUUCUAUCAAGUGACAGUAUGCAUAUCGGGCUUCUUGCAGCUGCAGCUCAUGCAGCUGCAACCAACAGUUGCUUCACAAUCUUCUAUAAUCCAAGGGCUAGUCCUUCGGAAUUUGUGAUUCCCCUUUCGAAAUAUGUGAAAGCUGUGUAUCAUACGCGUGUUUCUGUUGGGAUGCGUUUCCGUAUGCUGUUUGAAACUGAAGAAUCAAGUGUCCGCAGAUACAUGGGGACAAUUACUGGCAUUGGUGAUUUAGAUCCUACUCGUUGGCCCAAUUCUCAUUGGCGAUCUGUCAAGGUUGGAUGGGAUGAAUCAACAGCAGGGGAAAGGCAGCCACGUGUGUCAUUAUGGGAAAUCGAACCAUUAACAACUUUUCCCAUGUAUCCAUCUUUGUUUCCUCUUCGGUUGAAAAGACCAUGGUACCCUGGAGCUUCAUCUUUUCAAGGAGACAGCAGAGAUGAUGCAGUCAAUGGAAUGGCAUGGUUGAGAGGGGAAACAGCAGGGUUACAGGGUGUAGGAAGUGGCGAUGCUUUGAAACAACAACUCUUACAAUUUCAACAGCCUGUUCAAUACCUUCAACACUCCACCACCCCAAUAACUCAUCAGUCAAUGUCAAUCAUCCCACAGCAAAGGGUAGAUCCGUCAUUUCUUCAUAGUCAUGGUCAAAUGUUGGAGAAUUUAACACGGUCAACUCAGAACCAAGAGAGUCAACAACAUCAGCAAAAUCCAUACACGGAGACGUACAACAUGAUGCAAUCGAGUAUUCCCUCUCCUUCGUUUCCAAAGACAGACUUCAUGGAUCCCAAAUUCACUUCCAAUAUCGCCCCUCAAACCACCAUGUUAGUCUCCGAUCCAAAUUUUUCAAGAACCGGUCAAGGUCAAAGUCAAACACAAUCGUGGGUAUCGAAAUUUGGUCAACCACAAGUCAACACUUGUUCGACUUCACCCUUUCAAGGGAAAGACGGAGGUAGUUCGAAUUCCAUUGAUCAGGAAUCUUCAAGUUUGGAUGCGACACAAAAUCAGAAUUUAUUCAAUCAAAUUAACAUCGAUUCAUCCGGGCUUCUACUUCCAACAAUCGACACCACCGAUUUGUCCCCAAUGCCUUACUACAUGCAAGACUCUUCCGAGUUGUUAACACCUACAGGAGGAGGAGGAGGAGGAGGACAAAUCGACCAAACUACCCCUAAUCGCAACCGGACAUUUGUGAAGGUUUAUAAAUCGGGGUGUGUAGGGAGGUCAUUGGACAUGAGCCGAUUCAACAGCUACCAUGAGCUGCGUGAGGAAUUGGGUGAAAUGUUUGGGAUCGAGGGUUUGCUUGAAGACCCUCAAAGAUCAGGCUGGCAGCUUGUAUUCGUUGACAGGGAGAAUGAUGUUCUUCUCCUUGGAGACGACCCUUGGGAGGCAUUUGUAAAUAGUGUCUGGUAUAUCAAGAUACUAUCUCCUGAGGAUGUGCAACAACUCGGGAAGCAAGAAGUGGAAUCUUUAGGAGGAGGCCAAAACUCGGGUGAAAGGAUCCACAGAGACCAUCUGUCUCUUUCGGGACUUCCUCCAUCGAUGGGGUCAGGGUCACUUGAUUUUUGAUCAAAAAGGAAAAAAAGAAACCGUGGCUUGUUUUGGUCUCUUUUGAGUUGAUGCGUUUAGUAGGUAUUGUCUUUAGCUCGCUCUCUGAAUACUUGUGGUAAUAAUUCCAAGUUUAGAACACAAUCUUUGACUUAUUAUGAGUGGUUGACUAUUAUGGAAUUGUAAUUUGACCAUACAUUUAUCGUGUGCUCUAUUUCUGUUUUCUUUUCCUUCUCAUUUUUGGAAUUGUAUUCAUCAGUUGUUAGCUUAGCAAAAUGUUGGAAGAUAAUUUUGUUUAAGUAAAAUAUUAUUGACAAAAGGUGGUAACGGAAAUAUAAAUUUUGUUCUUGAAUUCAACCUUUUUAGGGUUUUAGCAAUGAGGAGAAGCAAGGUUCAAACAGUGGACUAAAUAGGAGACGAGAGUGGAAUCUUUGCAAAUAACAUUUUUUUAAAUAAAUCCCUAAGGUUUCAUAAUUUUCUUUUAGUUGCCCUUGUUUGUCAAUCAACAAAA